AUGACCUGCACUCUUUGUGGGACGGCCCCUGGAGCUACCUCUCCAGAAGGGCGUUCCUCCUAUUCCGUAGGGUCAUCCUUGAUGGUCAUGGGCUUUCUGAACCGGACCAUUCCCGUGUCGACUGAAAAUGGUGCUCGGUCGUCCAAUCAACAACAGCUUACCUGUCAAGAAAUCAAUGAUAUGCUGGGCGAGGAUCCUUUGAUAGUCAAUGAUGGCGAUGAUGGGUCACAAGAAUGUGCGGAUCAACGAAGUGCAUUGAUGAAUCAACAGGACAUCUAUCUAGAUUUACCCUCUUACUGUGGUUGUCCUAACUCACCAGCGCCUCGCACCUGCGACUUUUCCUGUGCCUACGGUGAUUCCAAUGCCAUGAAUGAAGAUUUGGUGGUGGACAAGUUGGAAGACGGAACCAAACUGACCUGCGGAGACAUUUUGUCGGCCGUUCCCCACAUUGUCGACUUUAAUGUCUGUCAAGAUUACCAACAGUAUCAAUCUCUCUGCUGUUUCAACUUUGAGGCAUCGUGUCAUCUCUGUCCCGCAUCCUCGUCCACCGCAACACCAAAAAUGGAGCAUUCCGAAAAGAUCAUUCCGAGUUUGCAAAGAACUUGUGGGUUGGUGGACCAGUAUUUUGGAACUGUUUUGAGCGUCGAUAGCAACGAUGAAGCGACGGAAGAAUGCAAUCGUUAUCGGGAUGCUGAACGUGAAAACGCCAUUGUUGAUUUGGAAUCUUACUGUGGUUGCGAGAAUGCAGUGGCACCCAAUACUUGUAAUUUUUGUGCAGUGGAGGACAUGGUCAAUCCAAACUUUGUCUUGAGGGACAUGCAUAGCGGCGCCAUCGACAAAUUGAAUUCCUGGGGCAUUGCGGGAAACUCCAUGACUUGUCGUGCGAUUGCGGAAUUGGCACCCAUUGUGACCGAUGAUGACUUUUGUCAAGACUUGCAGUACUUUCAACCAAUCUGUUGCCCCACCGAUUUCCUGCCCACCUGCACCCUAUGCUUGUCGGUAGCCCAGAAUGGACCAACCUUGACCAGGCCAGAUGCCAUUGUUCCGGGUCGCAAGAAGGAAACCUGCGCCCAAGUCGAUCAGUACUACUUUCAUUUGAUUCAAGGAGAUGCAACGGCAUGCAAUAUCCAACGUAAUGGACUCAACAAAGAAAUGGAUCUUUUAGCCUAUUGCGGAUGUCCUGGAGAAGAACCACCCAAUCAGUGUACUACUAAUUUUUGCGAGUCGGACGAUUUGAUUGACGAAGAACUGGUCAUUGGAAUGGGCAACGAGGCCAGAACCUGUGGACACCUAGCCGAGAUUGCGCCGUUUAUCACCAACCGAACCUUGUGCGACUGGUUGGAAUUUGCCAAACCCCAGUGUUGCCAAGCCAAAACGUUGGGAUCCCCAUGCUCGGUCUGUCCCAAUCAAAAUCAAGUGGGUCGACCCAACAGUGUCGUCGAGCACCAAACGGGAACAACUUGUCAAAAACUGGAUCAAACACUUCAACAACUGCCCAGCGACGAUAUUUGUACUCAAGUCAAGAGGGAUUGGGAUUUUGAUUUGGAGUCCUUUUGUGGCUGUGAGGGUGACGGAGCAGGUUCUCCAGUAUCCCCGCCAGGCAAGUGCGAAUUGUGUGGACGAGGAGAGGUAUUGCGAAAUAAUGGUAUGGCCCUUCCGGACAAGCCGUCAUGGACGUGUGAAAUGGGGCAGCAGCAGGCUCCCUUUGUGAAUAGCAAGAUGAUUUGCGAAACAGGGAUCAAUACCGAUGCGAACAGAGAGCUUUGUUGCGAGCCAGAAAACGAUCCUAAUGAUUCGGAUCGAAGCAUUGAUGGAGCCAUAGAAGAAGCAGGUCUUUCUGACAUCUUGCUCUGGGCUGCAAUAGCUGCGGAAAUCCUGCUUGUUUUGGUAUUAUUGCUAAUGCGAAGACGAGAGUUCAUCACCGUCCGAAAUGCUCCCCCCAAUUUCGAUCCUGAUAACAUACCAGAAACGGCCGCGCUGGUAUAA